AUGAGCGGCGGCUCAACCGUCCAGCACAUCGACACUGUCGAUGCCAUCGCCCGCUCCCUCUACCUUCGCGCCAAGCAAUCCGGUCUGCCCUUCAGCGAUGUCGCUAACGCUGUUCGCAACCUCCACCUGGCCCUGCGGCACCUGCGCACCGAAGCUGGUGACCAGGACUCCCUCCUCAACAACCCUCAUGCGUCAUCGUCUUCUCUCUACGCGCGCCAGCUCUCACCCCUUGUAGAGGACUGCGACUUUACCCUUGCUCAGCUCGAGAGCCUUCUCGACAAGUAUGGCGACGGACGAGCUGCUAUGCCCGAGGAGGAGCGUCUGAGGGACGAUAGACUUGCUAUUAUGAAGUCAAAACUCGUCGGCGACAAGACACGCGUGGAGAUGUUCCUUGAUGCUGUGCAGCUACAUGCCGAGAAUAGGCCGGCCAGGGUUGUUGACGGAAGCCAGGAGGGUUUCGAGGGUAUUAAGGACAAGAUUGACGAGAUUGCGAACAAACUUUUUCGGAACCGCAGUGAGAAUAGCUUCACCGAAGACGACGACGAUUUGUGGUGCGAGUUCAAGGAAGAGCUCGAGAAGGAGGGGUUCUCUCCUCAAGUGCUCCGAAAACACAAGGACGUCCUUCGAGCCUACAUCCGAGAGCUCGAGUCUGUCCAGAACCAGUACGGCGGUAACUGUCCCACCGUCAGAGGUCUUCUAGAGCAAGAGGCCAAGUAUCAACCGAGCUCUCCCAAGGAACUGGACGGCAACAGCUACGUCGACUAUCCGCCUGUUAUUGUUAGUGGACGGCGUAGAUCGAAUAGCGACACUACCAGAGAUCAUAUCUCAUCAUCUCCCAGGGAUUCUGAUAACGAAUCCGACUUUUCUACCGCCCUCGUCUCGACUAAGGAUAUCAUCAGCAUGGAUAGCCUCAACUCUCGCAUGGCCAGUCUGAAUGUUAAGUCUGGCCAGCAGUACAGCCUGUCUCCUGGACAGGGACAGAGAUAUCUGCCAUCCAACAGUGCUGGCUCUCUGCCAGAUGUUCCUGAGCUGUCUAGCUCGCCAACUUCAUACCACUUUGGGGCAUCUCCACGAUCUAUGCCCCCUAUGCCCCCUCACAUGAACGGAGGCCCAACCUAUGGUAGCAGCCCAAGGAGCAGUGCUCCUCGUCUGGCUCCUGACCGUUGGGGCAACGAAAUCCCCCCUGAUGCCCAGUGGACCAAGAUUAGGAGGACCCUUGUUAGCCCCGAAGUCUUGGAACGGGCAGGUGUGCGAUAUGAAGCUCGCCCUGAAUACGUUGCUAUCCUUGGUCGCCUUCCUCGCGAAAAGAUUGCUGAAUUCGCCCGAGAGAGUGCUCGAUGUCGCGCCAGCCGUGCGAUGCGCGAUCCCCGGCGUCACAGGCACGACCACCAUCAGGACCGCAGAGACUCGAAGAGCAGCCGCGAAGACGACGAUAGCGACAGCGAUCUCUUUGACGAAAGCGACAUUUCGGACGAUGAUGAAGAUAGAGCGUCUGACAAGGGUACAAAGAGCUACCCCUUCAUCGUGAACCCUCCUAGCAGGAGCAAGACGUCUCCGUCGAGCACAACCCUCCCCAAGCCAAUCCUCAAGAACAAGAACGAAAACCAUGUGCGCUUCGACCCAGAGCCACAUGAGGUAGACGGUCGUAGUCCGCGUUCCCUCAGGGACGAACGAGACCGCGAGCGUGACUACCGCCGAGAGCGACGACGUCACAGCCCAUCUCGAUCAUCACGACGUUCGAGGAGACACUCCGAUGCUGGGGAUCGAUACUCCCGCAGUGAUAGGCACGGCGACUACUACGACAGCAACGGGAGGAGAUACCACCGGGAGAGAGACAGGAAGAGCUCAAGGAGAGAUGAGCGACCCCAGGGGAGGAAGAAGUGGGGAGAAGCCCUAGGCGCCGUGGGCAUCGGCGGCGCGGCGGUAAGUCUGUUGAGCGUUCUCGCUGAAGCAGCAUCUUGA